AUGGCCGCUGUGCCCCGCCCCACCGCCCUCUGCCUCGAGCCCGUCGACACCUGCUGUGGAGGCGCCCCCGUCCCACCGGGCCCCGCACCAUUAUCGCCUCGGCCAUCUUCGCCAGUGAAUCCAACCCCGUCUCCUCCGCAACGGGACCCGCCUGCUGAUGACGACGCAGAGAUGGUGAUGACACUCUCCUCUCCGGUGCUAUCGUCGGGCGCCGCGAGGGUCCACCGCUCUCGGGCGUGCCCGGUCGUAGCCGGCCCAGCUUCUCAGUCGCUGCCCUUAAACUCUGAGCCGGCCCCGAGACAUGAAGAAACGAGCGAGGCGUCCGUGCCGCUGCUGUGGCUGACGGAGCGCACGGACGCGUUAUUCACGGUCGGCGCGGCUUCCUUGCAGCUGCCGCCGCCCAACCCCGUCACCCUGAUGCAGCCCUUCCGCUGA